AGUGAUUUACUUCUCAACCAGGCGAAGAUGAAGCUUCUCGUUUUGGCUACGCUGCUUGGGCUGAGCUCUGCUCAGUUCGACCCUCAUAUGAAAGAUGGAAGAACUUCCCUCGUCCACCUGUUUGAAUGGCGCUGGGCUGAUAUAGCAGAGGAGUGUGAGAGAUAUCUGGCACCCAAUGGCUACGGAGGAGUUCAGAUCUCCCCUCCAAGUGAACAUAUUGUUUUGACCAACCCUUGGCAGCCUUGGUGGCAGAGAUAUCAGCCAAUCAGCUACAAUCUGUGCUCCAGAUCAGGAAAUGAGAACGAGCUGAGGGACAUGAUCACCAGAUGCAACAAUGUCGGGGUGAACAUCUACGUAGAUGCUGUGAUCAACCACAUGUGUGGAGCUGGUGGUGGAGAGGGCAAACACUCCAGCUGUGGCUCAUAUUUCAAUGCCAACACGAAAGACUUCCCUUCAGUUCCUUACUCAGCCUGGGACUUCAAUGAUGGAAAAUGCCACACAGGCAGUGGAGAAAUCGAGAACUACAAUGAUAUUUACCAAGUGAGAGACUGUCGUCUGGUUAGUCUUCUGGAUCUGGCCUUGGAGAAGGACUAUGUGCGCGGUAAGGUGGCCGAGUACAUGAACACGCUGAUCGACAUGGGUGUUGCUGGGUUCAGAGUGGACGCCUGCAAGCACAUGUGGCCUGGUGACCUCAGCGCAGUUUUUAGACGUCUGAAUAAUCUCAACACCAAAUGGUUCUCUUCUGGCUCCAGACCCUUCAUCGUCCAAGAGGUCAUUGAUCUUGGUGGUGAGCCCAUCACAGCAUCUGAGUACACUGGACUGGGAAGGGUGACUGAGUUCAAGUAUGGUGCCAAGCUGGGUACAGUUAUACGCAAAUGGAGCGGAGAGAAGCUGAGCUACCUGGUUAACUGGGGGGAGGGCUGGGGUAUGAUGGCCUCUGGUAAGGCCCUGGUGUUCGUUGAUAACCACGAUAAUCAGAGAGGCCACGGAGCUGGAGGUGCAUCUAUUGUGACGUUCUGGGAUUCCAGGCUUUACAAAAUAGCUGUUGGUCUGAUGUUGGCCCACCCCUAUGGAGUUACCAGGGUGAUGUCCAGUUUCCGUUGGGACCGCAACAUUGUCAAUGGACAGGAUGAGAAUGACUGGAUGGGACCACCCAGCUAUGGUGAUGGCACAACCAAGCCUGUGCCCAUCAAUCCAGACAGUACCUGCGCAGAUGGAUGGGUCUGUGAACAUAGAUGGCGCCAGAUCAGAAACAUGGUGAUUUUCCGAAAUGUGGUCAAUGGAGAGCCUUUAUCCAACUGGUGGGACAACGGCAGUAACCAGGUUGCUUUCGGUCGUGGCAGCCGUGGUUUCAUCGUUAUCAAUAAUGAUGACUGGACCCUGGAUGCAACUCUGAACACCGGUUUGCCUGGAGGAACCUACUGUGAUGUGAUCUCUGGAGACAAGCAGGGAAGCAGUUGUACCGGAAAGCAGGUGCAGGUUGGAGGAGACGGAUAUGCCUAUUUCAACAUCAGCAACUCGGAAGAAGAUCCAUUUAUCGCUAUUCAUGCUGACUCUAAACUGUAAAUGAAGAUAUAUUUACCAAUAAAUUAAUUGCAUAUAGAA